AGAUUGAACUCGCAGCCGGCUUCAUAAGUUUGUUCACUUCACUUUCGCAGAGGUUUAAGUCCAAUUUACUUGAUUGGGGCUUAUUAGACUUGUGUCCUUUGUUGGUCUUCUAUUCACGAUGCGUCUGCACAUGAAUUUCGUGGCACUAUGUGUUGCGCUAUGUGUUGCAGGCACUGUCAACAGUUAUAUGAUUGAUCCAGAGUCAUGUGCUGCCGAUUAUCAAUUCGUCAAGGACAUGGUUGAGCAAGCUUUUAGUAUGGCUGAAAUAGUUCUGGCUUCAGUAAAUACAGUCCCAAUUGAUCCCCACGCCGAUCAGCUAUUUCAACAGCUGUUCAAUUAUCACGGCAACGAAGGAAAAGCAGCUGUUGAAAGGCUUUUUGCUCCAGGCCCAGAGAACAACAAGCAUGAGAGGACGGGGAUCCUUUCAUUCGAACAAGAGAAAACUGGUGGUAUCGAAUCACUUGGUGAUGGAAUCAACGAAGUGGUCAUCUUUUGCGAUGAAUCGCGACUUAAAAGAAGAAUCAAGGAUCCUCUCCAUCGCUUUGACACGAAAGCCAAACGAGCAGUCAGCGCAUCCAAUCCUUGCGCAAAUGCCUUCAUGUACACGCAAACGUUCUCUAAACACUGGGACUCCAUUCAAAUCUGCCCUUGGUUUCUUGAGUACGCGAAAGGCAAAAAGUACGGUACAUCUAAGGAUAUAACGUCUCUUCGUGCGAGGCUAGCGCUGAAAGGACUGGACAAACUCAUAACGAACAAGUUUUAUACCCCCAUAGAUUUGUUGAGUCUGUGGGACAAAUGCAUGUUACAUGAGAUGAUGCACACAAAACUUGCAGGUUCUCUAGAUGUGGACGGUCGAAAGGGCUAUGGCUGGAAGAACUGCAAGGCGUUAGCGGCCGACGGCAAAGGUGCGAAUAACGCAGACUCAUGGGCGCUCUUCGCUAGCGCACUCUAUUGGGCUAAACAAGGUAGCCCAAUCGACGAGAACGGAAAUUUCAUUUCGGUUCCCAUUGGAAAUCAAGGUAUCAUCAUAAAACCGCAGGCCGGUUUUGAUGUUGGGGAAUGGCUGACUCAAACUUGGUCGGUUUAAGCAAUUGUUUAUUUAUCUCAUUGUUGCGGGGGUUAGCUAGCUGAAUACCGUU